AUGGCUUCGACUGAAGCCCGCCCGUCGGAGGUCACCGAAAACAUGGAGAAGACGCCGGUUGUAGGAAAAGAGGGUGACGAGAAAGUCAACAUCAUCGAUGUAGACGUCCAGGCUAUCGAAGAGGAUCUCGACCUUUACGUGCCCCUAAAGAUGGAAGGCAGCAUUGUCGACGAACAUGAUCCCCUAACGGCCCGCGCCGUUAUAGUCGGUAUUCUCUUGGGCAGUCUUGUUAAUGCCUCCAACUUAUAUCUGGGGUUGAAAACUGGGUUUACCUUCGCGGCCUCUAUGUUUGGAGCGAUCUUCGGAUACGGUAUCAUCAAGCUUGCUUCGAAGACUACCAUUCCUAUUAUUGGCGGUUCUUUCGGCCCUCAAGAGAACAGUAUCGUCCAGGCUGCAGCCCAGGGUGCUGGUGGAAUCACAGGUAUCUUCGUUGCAGGUAUACCGGCCAUGUACCAACUCCACGCGCAGGUGGGCGUUCCUAAGGACCAAUUUGGCGCAAUCAUUACAAUCACUCUUGUCUGCUCGUUCUUUGGCCUGUUCUUCGUCGCCCCUCUCCGGAAGUUCUUCAUCAUCCAAGUUGGCCGGGAAUUGAAGCUGCUCUUUCCCACUGCUACUGCAGUAGCUCUCACCAUCAGGUCGAUGCACGCCGGUGCCACGGGUGCCGCGGAGGCUCUUAGCAAACUCAGAGCUCUCAGCUUAUCUUUCACGGCUGCCCUUGUCCAACGGGUGGCAUCGUAUUAUGCUGUUGGCAUCUUGUAUGAUUGGCAUGUUUUUACCUGGAUCCACAUCUGGAGUGGUUAUACUAGCUGGGCUAUGAAUAUCGAGAGUUGGGGUUGGUGGUUCGAGUGGACUCCGGCGUUCAUCGGUAGCGGCAUCCUUAUCGGCAUGAACUCUGCCCUCUCUAUGUUUGGCGGUGCUGUACUCGCCUGGGCGAUUAUCGGGCCUCUCCUCGUUCAUUAUGGCGAAUGUAUCGGCAAGCGUCAGGUUGAGGACGAUCCGCGAUGGGCUGAUUGGUACUCGUUCGCCUCUCUCAAUAAUCUUGGCCACGAAACCCCGUCUCCACGCUACUGGCUCCUUUGGCCCGGAGUGCUCAUCAUGGUCGCAACGUCAAUAGCAGAACUAUUCGUCCAAUAUAAGGUGAUCGGGUAUGCCGGCAAGGUGGUCUGGCAGAAGAUCUGUGUCAACAUCAACGCCGUCUUGGCCAAGCACGGCAAGCACUCUACCUACCUUGCCACACGCGCCGAGAGGGAGGUGAAAGCUAGCGAAAACAUCAUCGAGGAUCCGGCGCCACCACAUGAACAAGUGCCAUUAUGGAUAUGGUCGACCGGUCUCGUCGUCACUAUCGCCGCGGCCAUGGUUAUCUUCGCCCUGCAAUGGGGAAUGCAUCCAGGUCUAACCGUCUUGGCUUGCGUCUUAGGUGUCAUGUUCUCCUUCGGUAUUAAGUCGAACGACCCCAUUAUUUUGGUUUCCCUGAGGGAUAAGCUUGCCGUUCAAAUUGGCGCUGUAACAGAUAACACCCCACUGACGGCCGCAUCGAAAGCCAGUCAGCUCGUUUUUGGUGCUGCUACAAAAAACAACGGCUUCACGGUCAAAGAUGCGCAGCGAGUCAACUUAGUCGCUGGCGGCCUGGCUUCCGGAGCUGCUGAUGUCGCAUUUUCACUGACUUCUGACUUCCGUACUGGUUUCUUGCUGGGAACAUCCCCAAUCAAACAGUGGUACGCCCAAGGCCUCGGGUCUAUCGUUUCCAUCUUCUUAGCUCCAGGAAUGUUUGUGCUCUUCACUACAGCAUAUCCCUGCAUACUCGACGCCUCAGCUGAGCACUGUGCCUUCGCCGUCCCUUCGGUGUCCGCAUGGGCUGCCGUUGCACAGGCUGUCACAGACCCAGAUGUCAGCAUCCCUCUAACGUCGGGGAUCUUCUCCAUCGUCAUGGCGGUCUUCUGCGUAGGCCAAGUCAUAUUUAGACACUUCUACCUGGUAGGAGAACGUGAAAAGUACCGACAAUACCUCCCGAACUGGGGUGCUGUAGCGUUGUCGUUUGUCCUCCCUAAUCCCGUGUUUACAACGGCGGCCAUGUUUGGUGCCACUGUGGCGUGGAUUUGGAAGAGAUGGAAUAUUAAGAGCUUCGACCUCUACGCAUAUGCAAUUGCGGCUGGUUUUAUUGCCGGAGAGGGUCUCGGAGGUGUUAUCGGUGCUGCUCUCCAGAUCGGUGGCGUCUCGGGCGACAUUCUCGGCACCACCGCCGGUUGCCCAGCUGGUUAUUGCUGAUAGCCGUUUUCUAAUAUGUCUCUUAUACCCCGGCUACGAUAUGUAGGAGUAGCUAGAUAGACGAUGAUGAUGAUAGUAUAUGAAAUACCCGUUACUUAUCUGUCGUGCUACUUGCCGAUUCAGAAUGAUAAUGAGACGGAGGCUGAUAGCCCCUAUCUACGGCUAUGGGAUCAGAAGUUGAGAAUAAUUAAUAACUAAUGUGUAAGGGUAAGAAAAGUAAGGAUACAUAAGUGUCGAAUGAUGCAUCUAAGCUAACGAGAUUAGAGCUGGCCUAUAGUGUACCUAAUAUUAGCUAAACGGGUACUUAAGAUACGAAUCCGUUGGCUCAGGGAUGUAUUUAUAAUGGAAUUGAAUUAAACACUUCAA